AUGACCCUGGACGCCCGCGGUGCGUCCGAUCGAUUGGAGGGCGCCAAUCCCGUGGCCCGUCAACUCACGACCGAGCACGAGAAGUAUCAGCGCACGCAAGUCCGACCCAAAGUGCCUCACCAGUACCCCUGCACUCAUUGCACGGCCGUGCUCAGUACUCGAUAUGCUCUGCGCCGACAUAUCGAAGGUCAACACGGUGGCGUUCAACGGGUACAAUGCCCUUUCUGCGAUUACACCAGCAAACAAAAGCAGAAUGUCAAGCGACACAUUGGCAGCCGCCACAACGCCCGUGUCUGCAACAUAUGCAACUUCUGGUCCUCCACGCAGCCCAUUACCCCAAAUCUUGAUAGCUUCGCGCCACAACAGCUGGCCUGUGACUGCGACCCAACGCCCGCCAGUACAAUGCCACCCAUCGCCAGCGCCCCGAAGCAAGACGAACAACAUGGCGGGGCUGAGCUAGCCUUACCCAGCCGAACAGCUACGGCGCGAAACCCCCAGUCGAAGCUUGGUACACCACAAGACUCUGCCGCCACCUUGCGAAGAGCCAGAUCUCAUGCUCGACGACAUCGCACCGCAUCCCUAAGUUAUGGACACGACAGUGACUCCUCAACCUUCUCCCUUGCGGAUCGCGACAUGCAGGACCUUGACUUGUCGCUGUCCGCUGGUGCGCUGCACCCUUUAAACUCGGCCACGGGCAUCUGGAAGCGAGACCCGCCAUGUGCCGAAAACAGCAACAAGACCCCCUUGGAAGCCACCACGCGCACGACAUCGCCGGCCUCGAUGAGGUAUCGGCUCGCCGGGAACGUGCAGCAGCAUGACCCUCGUCCUUCUGCCAAGCGGUGUGCUAAAUCCCCACCGCUGCGUGAUCAGCCCCAGCCCCAGCCCCAAGGCCAGCCACUGGCCCCGCCCAUCGCUCUUGACGGUGGUGCACGGUUGCCAGACCCCCAUCCCAACGUCAUGGACAUGACCCCAGACCAGGUACUCUUGCAGGCACUGGCCUCACAAACGCGGGUAAGCCAGCCACAACAGCACCAGAUCUCCACCUGGCAAGCACCAUCGGCGCCCACGCAGCAACUUUUCUCUCCACAGCAACCACCACCACCACCACCACCACAACAACAACAACAACAACAGCUGCAUUUACAGCUGCAACUGCAUCGCCAUCUCCUUCAACAACAUCUGCAGCCACCCCGUCCUCUACCUGCGCAACCGCCAUCUCAAGGGCUGGACCCCAGCUUCUACCCGAGCGCAACGCAAAUGAUUGAUGGUUCACAGGGUACAAUGGGAUCGCCUGUGCCAUCGUGGACUAGCCAACUGCCCCUCAGCUUGAUGAUGUCGCCCCUCCGCACGCCUACCUGGUCAACUGAACUCAAUUUUUACUCCCAGAUGCUUGGCUCCGAACAACACCUGCCCCUUGCUUGGCACAACCCCGACAGCCUCGCCUAUCCCCAACAAACUCCGAUACCCUCGACACAAACCUUUAGCCCUCUCGUCACAACCUCACACUACUCGCCUGCUUGA